CCAUCAUCACCACCACCACCACGUCCAUCCUUGCCAUCACGAACUCCUUGGACAAACGCCGCCGACCUGAGCGGCGUGUUAAAGCGUCCUUCAUCUUGUUUGAGAGCCAGCAUCUUUCCCUCUCGCUUUGUUCCAGUCUUUUCGUUCUCGCUCGCUUGGUUAUAGCGCUCACUUACGUCCGCAGCCAAUAAAUACGUUGUUUCAUUGUCUGCCGCCACGCCCAAUUGUUUACCGCCUUGCCAGCUGAACGAUCCUGUUUCCUCUUUGUUCAACAGCACCGUGCGACCAAUUUGGCCAGACACGUGCUCGCCGCGUUGCAAAGCCGAUACCUCCUGUGUGUUGGAACAAGGUGUAUCAGCGUCAGAAAGUGUAGGGCAUCAUGCAAGGAUAAAUUCCCGCCACCCGCAGCCGAAUCCGAGAGCGUCACAGAAUCAGGGCUACUUGGAAAAGAGGGGGAGAUAAGUCUCAAAGAGGUGGACUUCCCCUUUCGGGGCAUAACGACCGCACCAAGGUACACAUGUGUCCUGUUGGCCUGCCUGCGCGCCACCGAGUAUGCCCCAGAUAAUCCAGAACGACAAGACGACCAGACAGUCGUCCGCGAGCAAAGGUUUCUUUAGACGCAACCGAGACGCCAAAGCUGAUAGUCGACACGAAGGAAGCGGCAGUCUCGAUUCCUCCCACACGAACGGGUCCUGGGGCUCCCGUCAUUCGAAAAGAGAGUCGGUAGCCUCCAACGAUGGCCAGGAUCCCGAUAAUUCGGGUCUCGCCAUGACCGCCGGUGUCAUCACCUCCAUCCCUUACUCUGCCACGACUACAGGAGGGCAGGCACCGGUAACGGUGGAUUACCUUCCUCGAGACGACCAAGUGCCAACCCGGAAAGAUCCACAACCGUAUCAACUUGCGAGGGGUUCUGAUUUUCAUCAAUACCCUGCCAUCAAUGGGAUAUCGAAUGGAUCAUCACACCCAACCGGGCCCCGCCCGCCUCCGCAAUCGUCAAGCGCAUCUGGGAUAACAAUGGCGUCCAGUCAAGCGGGGGAUCGAGGCACAAAAUAUCAACAAUGGGGUCGGCCAGGGAGCAGCCAUGGUCCUCAGCAUGGCACCUACGACUCAGUAUCGACCACCGACUCAUACUCGGGAUCGGGACAGAGGAGGUCGUUUGACGGCGCCAGCAUAAAGUCAAGUGCUUCCACUGCUACAAGAGGUUCUAGUCUAUUUUCCUCGGACAACUCGUCACGAACGGCAAUGCCUCCCCGCCAGGAUUCCGACUCUUCUGUCACUGUAAUCUCUCCCACUCAUUCCAGACUUUCCAAGAUCAGUUCGCACUCGGGCUGGCCCACCCAGCAAGCAUCGCCCUUCAGCUCGACCACUUCAUUUACUCCGGCCGGGUUUUACCUGCCGAAACCUCAAAGUGAUGCAGAAAUCGAGAAGUUGUUUCUGCAGUUGAUGCACAAACGUGGUUGGCAAAACCUCCCCGAGCAAGCUAGGCGACAAAUGAUGGCAUAUGCGCCCGCAAAGAAAUGGACUCUUGUGCAUCAAGACAAAUUGACAGAGUGGCAAGGUGAGCAGAAAAGGAGGCAACAAGCAAGACAGACAGGAGCUGUUGAUGGGCCAAUAUCUAAAGACGUCGAGGGCACUCCCGAGUGGUAUGUCAAAAGGAUCCUCGACAACAGCAUCACAUCCAAACAGCUGCAAAGUCUGAGCGUCAGUCUACGAACCCAGCCCAUCAGUUGGGUUAAGGCGUUCAUUGAAGCACAGGGUCAAAUCGCCUUGACCAGUGUCUUGAUGAAGAUCAAUCGACGUCAAGCCAAUGGCCCGACGCCCAUCAGUUCUGUUGCUUCAACCGACAAGGACUUGGACAGGGAGUACGAUAUUGUCAAGUGUCUCAAAGCGUUGAUGAACAACAAAUAUGGUGCUGAUGACGCUUUGAAGCACGAGCAGAUACCCGUUGCGCUCGCGACAUGUUUGAUUUCUCCUAGGCUUACCACUAGGAAGCUGGUCAGUGAAGUUUUGACGUUCCUUUGCCACUGGGAUCAAGGCCAGGGGCAUCUCAAGGUUCUACAAGCCAUGGACUUUGUCAAGAAUCAAAUGAGUGAGAAUGGUCGGUUCGACGCCUGGAUGCGCAUAGUGGAAGUUACCAUAGAUGGCCGAGGCAAAAUGGGCAGCCUCGUAGGGGCUAGCGAAGAGGUCCGAAGCGGUGGCAUCGGUAUGGAGAAUCUUCUGAUGGAAUAUGCUGUUGCCACGCUCGUCCUCAUCAACAUGUUGGUGGAUGCGCCCGAUCGCGACCUACAGUUACGCUGCCAUAUCAGAGCUCAGUUCAUUGCGUGUGGGAUCAAGCGGAUACUGGUCAAGAUGGAGUCUUUUCAGUACGACGUGAUUGACAAACAAAUUGCGAAGUUUCGCGAAAAUGAGGCGAUCGAUUACGAGGAUCUGCUACAGCGCGAAGGAAGCAGCAUGGUCGAGAGCAUCGAAGGGGAGGUCAAGGACAUGACGGAUCCAAUGCAAAUCACAGACGCCAUCAUGUCAAAAGUCAACGGCACAAGAACCCAAGACUACUUCAUCUCAGCUAUGCAGCACAUGUUGUUACUUAGAGAGAACAACGCCGACGAACGGCUGAGGAUGUUUCAGCUCGUGGACUCGAUGCUCAGCUACGUGGCCAUGGAUAGGCGACUACCAGACAUGGACCUCAAGCAGAGCCUCAACUUCACCGUUCAGAGCUUGCUGGAUCGACUUCAUACCGACGACGAGGCCCGAAUCGCUUUUGAUGAAGCCACCGAGUCGAGACAGAUUGCUGAAGCGGCCCUUGCCGAAAGAGAUGAGAUGGCAGCACAGAUCGCCAUGGGUGCUAAUGGCUUGGUGAAGAAGCUGCAGAAACAGAUCGAAGAACAAGCGGGCAUCAUCGAAAUGCAGUCAAGGCAAGCCGAGUCUUUGAAAUCGGAGGUUGCCGAGCUUCAGCGCAUCAGGGCCCAAGAAUUGCAGCGCAAUGAGUUAGAGACCAGAGAGCUCUAUCUCAUGCUUCGUGAUGCCCAAGAUGUUGCGGCUUCUCGGGCUGCCAAAGAGGGCGCUGCGUCUCAAGACCCUGCUCAAUUGGCAGGCAUUCUCGAUCGAGAGAAGUUGAUGGAGCGCCUGGAGCGCAAUCUCGAGCGGACCAAGACACAAUUCAAGUUGGAAGGCAAAGUGUGGGGCCAGACAGGGCCUUCUGAUCGACUGAGAGAGCUUCGUGAAAAGAUGGACGACGCCGUUGAUGCCGAUUUUCAGGAGCAGACGCGACGACAUCUCACCAAUAGUGUUAUGGGAAGUGUCCACCGCAGCAAUGCUCACAAAGGACCCCGGAGAGCCGCAUUGGAGGCUCUUGCGAUCAGCGAGGAAGCAGAGCAGGAUUCUGACAUGGAGGAAGAUGUUGUUUUUGAGAAGCCGCGACUUGUCGAAUAUAAAAGGCCGAAGAUCAGCGCAGAGCAACAAAAUCAACAGAGCAACCUCCUUGAUGAGCUUGCCUCGAAGGUCAAGAAGAUCGACGACGAGAGCGACGAGGCCGCCGGGGAAGGAGACGAUGCCGGCGUCACCACUGGACCUACCCACCCGAGCCUGGAGUCCCAAUCUCCUAGGACUCCUCUUGACGAGGGACACGCGGCGGAGGCUAAGUUCAACGGGCCUCCUCCUCCACCUCCGCCGCCCCCUCCUCCAUCAAAUCCGGCGUCUACCUCUUUGAUCGCCGGGUUCGAAGCAGGAGCGCCUCCGCCACCACCGCCACCGCCUCCUCCGCCUCUCCCAGGCAUACCCAUCUCUCCUGCUACUCCAUCCAUGCCAGGUUUCACUGGGGGCCCACCUCCCCCUCCGCCGCCUCCUCCGGGUUCUCUACCUAUGAGUCCAUUAUCACCCAUCCCCCCGCCACCCCCUCCUCCACCAGGCGCUCCGGCUUUACCUGGUGCGCAGCAUGGGCAUUUCCUACCCCAGUCACCAGUGGUGCCUGUGCCUGUGCUUAAGAAUCCUAUCAUGCGGCCGAAGAAGAAACUCAAAGCUUUCCAUUGGGACAAAGUUGAUACGCCUCAAGUCACUGUCUGGGCCGAGAAUGUGAAUGCCGAGUCCAGAGAAGAGAAAUAUCGCGAAUUGCAGCGCAAGGGCGUUCUUGACGAGGUCGAGAAGCUAUUCAUUGCGAAGGAGAUCAAAAUCAUUGGCGGAGCAGGCAGCAAGGGUAAGAAUGACAAGAAGCAGAUCAUCAGCAGUGACAUGAUGAGAAACUUCCACGUCUCCAUGGCCAAGUUCAAGAACGAUUCCGCCGACGAGGUGGUGCGGAAGAUUAUCCACUGCGACAAGGAGGUCCUGGAUAACAACGUGGUCAUGGAUUUCUUGCAACGAGAAGACCUUUGCACGAUUCCCGAAAACAUCGCCAAGCUCAUGGCGCCCUACAGCAAAGACUGGACAGGGCCUGAUGCGGUGUCUUCGAAGCGAGAGCAGGAUCCAUCGGAGCUGACAAGGGAAGAUCAAAUCUAUCUCCAGACGGCUUACGAAUUACACCAUUACUGGAAGGCCAGAAUGCGAGCCCUCGCUCUGACACGAAGUUACGAGCAAGAAUACGAUGAUAUUUCCGGCAAGCUGAAGGACGUUGUCAAUGUUUCAGAGGCUAUCCGUGACUCCACUUCUCUCAUGAGCGUCUUAGCCCUCAUUCUUGAUAUCGGAAACUACAUGAACGACUCGAACAAACAAGCCUCUGGCUUCAAACUCAGCUCUCUUGCGCGAUUGGGCAUGGUCAAGGAUGACAAGAAUGAAACCACAUUCGCGGACCUCAUCGAACGUAUUGUUCGCAAUCAAUAUUCUCAAUGGGAAGGGUUUGUGGAGGACAUUGCUGGCGUCAUUCCUGCAGCAAAACUCAACGUUGACCAACUGCGGCAAGAUGCAAAGAAGUACAUUGACAACAUCAAGAACGUCCAAUCUUCACUGGACGCCGGCAACUUGAGCGACCCUAAGAAGUUCCAUCCUCAAGAUCGUGUUGCACAAGUCGUUCAAAGGUCGAUGAAAGAGGCAAGGCGAAAGGCAGAACAGCUCCAGCUCUUCCUGGACGAGGCGUCAAGAACAUACGAUGACAUUAUGACCUAUUUCGGCGAAGACAAUCAAGAUGAAAAUGCUCGUCGAGAUUUCUUCGGGAAACUGAGCGGCUUCGUGACGGAAUGGAAGAAGUCACGCGAGAAGAACGUGGGUAUGGAAGAGAACAAACGACGUCUCGAAGCCAGUCUAGCUCGUAAGAGGGCUCAGGCCAGCACCAACGUGAGUGGCGCUGCAAGCGGUGCCGAAACACCAGGCAGUCCACCCGCUAAUGGCGCCAUGGAAACCUUGCUCGAGAAACUCCGGGCUGCAGCGCCGCAAGUGAAAGACCAACGUGACCGAAGAAGACGGGCGAGGUUAAAGGAGAGACAUGAUCAAAGAAUCGCCAGCGGCCAGCAGCUCCCCGAGCUUCAAGUAAAGGACGGGGUGGAAGAGAGCCGCGGUCUUGGUGGCAUAGGAGAGAAAGCCAAUGACGAUAAUCUGAGCACCGACGGCACCAGCGGCAGAGGGGAUGUCAGUGAAAGCGAAGACGUGGCCGAUCGAGCGUUGAGAGCUCUGCAAGAAAUGAGAAGCUCGGCCCCAUCAACAGGCGACGAACUUGAUGUGCGCAGGAGGCGCGAGGGCGCCGACGAAGAACGCAAAGCCCGACGAAUGAGACGGCGCACCGCACACCAGAGCACCAAUAGUGUCACCAAGGAGUCUAUAGUAUCACCGACCGAAACGAAGACGGAGGAAAAGGACGGUCAGGACGGAGGCAAUGAUGGCUUCUCGCCUACCGAGGACAAACGAUCAUCUGGGGGCACCCUGAGUCCCGUGGCCACACAGCCACCCCCAGCGAUAAUUGUCAGCCCGACGCCGGAUGAUGAUGACGAUGAAGCUGAAGCCGAUCAAAAGGAUGAGGAAAAGAGGGAAGAGGGUUUGGUUCAGGAAUAGAGGAAGGGACAUGAGCUUGGGUUCCAACAAAGGCGGGGGCACGGCGCGAGGCCCUUGUACCAGGAUUGAGUUGGAUGGAGAGAAGCAUUAUCAUCUCGAGUCUUGUUCUACUUUACAUGCAAAAGAUACCCCCAGCAGAAUAAUUGUUCCGAAUAGGAGGAAGACGGCAUUUGCUAGGGUUGGACCUGGGGACACCAAGCAUAUCAGUAUGAGGGUGGGAAAUAUUCUUGUGUAGCUAUAACAAGCCAUCAACGGCUGCAAAUGAGAGUGAGCCUGCAAUUGAGGACGGCAUUCCCGUCGUUGAACGAGAA